AUCGUUGUGCCAUCCAAUAAUUCGUCUGUGUGUCAACUUGUGCUUCAACACAACACAGUAGCCAGUUUAGUCGCGAUUGGCUCAGACUGCCAUCAUGUGGUGGCCAUCCUUGACUCUCAUCUUCUCAGGACUUUUCCUAGCAUAUAUUGCCAACUCUAUGCUAGUGAUCUACUAUAUAUUCUUCCCAACACCAUGCCCUCCAACGUCCAACUGCAUACAUUCAUUCCUUCGAACUAGUCCCAAAUUGGAGAUGAGGGUAUACACCUCUUUAAAGCAAAAGGCAAGUGGAGAGAAGAAUUUAAAGUUACUUUGGAAGUUUGACAACUUUACAGUAGAUGCUUACGAACAAAGGGACUUCAAUGUCACUCUACCUCAGAAAGUGCGGCAAAAUGGCAGUAUGUUCUUACAUUGCAUUGUGUUCCCAAGAGGGGAAGAUCCAUUUGACAGAUAUACGUCCUAUUCUUCCGUCUCGCUCACCAAAUAUGCCGUCCCAAAAUCAAAGACAUUUAAUCUCAUGGGGGAAGUGCCAUCAGAGUCAGAAAAACCUAGCAAGAACACUGCAAAAGAUCGUAUUGUGACUCACUGGAAACCAAAAUUAACAAUCAAUGUCAUGUCAGACAUGAUACCAUUCGAGAGGAUGGCCAUACCAGGGGAAAUUUACAAAUAUCUAAAGUCCACACCACAGGGUGACUACCUUCCUAUGCUAUACCUGGAUGAACUUAGUCAGAGGAUGAAAGACCUGGAAGAAGUCACUGAAGACACUAAACAGAUGAAGUUGACAAUAAAUUAUGCUCCAAUAUCAGUGGGGAAGCUUCGAAUGUUUUCAACAAUGCAAGAAUCCAUGAAAUCGUUAGAAGGUUUAGGUUUUACUGAGAAGGACACAGAUGAAGUGAAAGGAAUAUUUACAGACACUAACUUCUAUCUGCUGAUGCUCACCUUCUUUGUGGCAGCUGUACAUCUCCUAUUCGACUUCCUAGCAUUUAAGAAUGACAUCAGCUACUGGCGCAAUCGGGAAACGAUGGUUGGACUGUCUACACGUGUCGUAUUGUGGAGGUGUCUUAGUACCAUUAUUAUAUUCUUGUACCUCCAGAAUGAAGAAACUAGUUUAUUAGUCCUAGUGCCAGCGGGUGUAGGAACAAUUAUAGAGAUUUGGAAGGUGAAAAAAGCAUUUAAAGUCAGAGUUGACUGGCAGGGAUGGAAGCCUUCAGUACAGCUUGGAACCACAACUGAUAAAGAAAAAGAAACUGAGCAGUUUGAUUCUCAGGCAAUGAAAUAUCUGUCCUAUUUAUUAUACCCACUUUGUGCAGCUGGAGCAAUAUACUCACUAGUCUACACCCCCCACAAAUCAUGGUACUCCUGGUGCAUACAAAGUGCAGUUAAUGGUGUGUAUGCAUUUGGGUUCCUGUUCAUGCUACCACAGUUAUUUGUCAACUAUAAGAUGAAGUCAGUAGCUCAUUUACCUUGGAGGGCAUUUAUGUAUAAGGCUUUCAACACUUUCAUAGAUGACAUAUUUGCUUUCAUCAUUACCAUGCCAACAGCGCAUAGACUAGCCUGUUUCCGUGACGACAUAGUAUUCUUCUGUUAUCUUUAUCAAAGAUGGCUAUAUCCAGUUGAUAAGAAACGUGUUAAUGAAUAUGGACAGUCGUUUGAUGACCAAUCCACAGAUCAGCAAGAAAUCUCACAAUCUAAAAAGAAGAACUGAGAAUUCUCAAAAGGAAAAGAAGAAGGGGUUGGAUAACCAUAAGAUUGAUUUUAGACUCCUUUAUUGGGUCAGCCUUUGGACUACUUUAUAAGAUCUGUCUUUAGGCUAAUUUAUUGGAUCAGUCUUAAGACUCCUUUGUUGGAUCAGUCUUUAGGCCUCUUUAUUGGAUCUGUCUUUAGACUACUUUAUUGGGUCAGUCUUUAGACUCCUUUAUUGGGUCAGUCCUUAGACCCAUUUGUUAAUUCAGUCCCACAAUCAGUCAGAAAGAGAGUGAUGAAUAAAGUUCAGAAUCAAAGGCCGG